AUGGCAGCUGAUCGAGAAAUAGCUGCUGAAGACAGCAUUAGAGUCGUUUGCCGAUUUCGGCCCCUGAAUGACUCCGAAGAAAAAGCUGGUUCCAAAUUUAUUGUGAAAUUCCCUUCAGGCCCCGAUGAUAAUUGUAUUUCUAUUGGGGGAAAAGUUUAUCUCUUUGAUAAAGUAUUUAAACCCAAUGCAACUCAGGAGAAAGUUUAUAAUGAGGCAGCAAAAAGUAUUGUAUCCGAUGUACUGGCUGGAUACAAUGGGACAAUAUUUGCUUAUGGACAGACAAGCUCUGGUAAAACACAUACAAUGGAAGGUGUCAUAGGAGAUCCUGGGAAACAGGGUAUUAUUCCACGGAUAGUCAAUGAUAUAUUCAACCACAUAUAUGCAAUGGAAGAAAAUCUGGAAUUCCAUAUAAAAGUAUCAUAUUUUGAAAUUUAUAUGGAUAAAAUCAGGGAUCUCUUAGACGUUUCAAAGGUAAACCUUAGUGUUCAUGAGGACAAGAAUAGAGUUCCAUUUGUUAAAGGUGCUACUGAACGGUUUGUAUCAAGUCCAGAAGAAGUAUUUGAAGUUAUAGAGGAAGGCAAAUCAAAUAGACAUAUUGCAGUUACAAAUAUGAAUGAACACUCAUCAAGAUCUCAUUCAGUCUUCCUUAUCAAUGUGAAGCAAGAAAACCUGGAGAAUCAAAAGAAGUUAUCAGGAAAAUUAUAUCUAGUGGACUUGGCUGGUUCAGAAAAGGUUUCUAAAACUGGUGCUGAAGGUACUGUGCUUGAUGAGGCCAAAAAUAUCAAUAAAUCCCUUUCUGCCUUGGGUAAUGUUAUCUCUGCCUUAGCAGAUGGGAAUAAAUCUCAUAUCCCUUACAGAGAUUCCAAACUAACUCGUAUUUUACAAGAAUCACUUGGUGGUAAUGCUAGAACAACUAUUGUCAUUUGCUGCUCACCAGCUUCCUUCAAUGAGAGUGAAACAAAAAGUACCCUUGAUUUCGGCAAAAGAGCUAAGACUGUCAAGAAUGUUGUGUGUGUUAAUGAAGAACUUACAGCUGAAGAAUGGAAACGCCGUUAUGAGAGAGAAAAGGAGAAGGUGGCUAGGCUUAAAGGGAAGGUUGAGAAAUUGGAAGCGGAAAUUAACCGGUGGCGUUCUGGUGAGACUGUGAGACCAGAAGAACAAGUCAACCUUCAGGAAAUUGAAGCCGUCACUCCGGUUACAUCCUUCAUUGAAGAAAAACCUCCUGCACCUCCUGUGCCAGUGGCUGUUGCUAGUGUGGUUGAAGAUGCUGCUAUGCAAGCUAAGCUAGAAGCACUUUACCAGCAAUUGGAUGACAAAGAUGAGGAAAUCAACCAACAUUCACAGCUUGUGGAGAAACUCAAAGACCAGAUGAUGGAGCAAGAGGAACUUAUUGCUUGCACAAGACGCGAUUAUGAAGCACUUCAGGGUGACAUGAAUCGCAUCCAGCAAGAGAAUGAGGCAGCCAAGGAAGAGGUUAAGGAGGUUCUGCAGGCUUUGGAGGAACUUGCCGUUAACUACGAUCAGAAAUCACAAGAAGUCGACAGCAAGAGUCGCGAAUGUGACCAGCUGUCAGAAGACCUCCAAACAAAACAGAGUGCACUGGCUAGUGCCACAUCGGAGUUGCAGCAGCUGCGUGAUCUCUCCGCCCACCAGCGCAAGCGCAUCGCCGAGCUCCUCACCAACCUGCUGCGCGAUUUGGCCGAGAUCGGCGCCGCGGUGGGCGGUUCCGAGCUAGACUUCAAGCUGAACGUGGACACUGUGGGAAAACUUGAGGAGGAGUUCACAGUCGCCCGGCUGCACAUCAGCAAGAUGAAAAGCGAGGUCAAGAACAUCGUGCAGCGUUGCCACUCCCUGGAGACAGCCAACAUUGAUGCCAACCAAAAGAUCGAGGAGUACGAGCGGUCGCUCGGCGAGUGCCGGCUGCUCAUCUCGCAGCACGAGGCGAGGUGCGCCUCCCUCGCUGAGUCAAUGCGUGAGGCGGAAAACAAAAAACGCCAGCUGGAGGAAGCGGCAGACGCGCUUCGUGAGGAGUGCGCCCGUCUUCAGGCGGCGGAACGGGUGCAACUGGCGGCGGCCGAGCAGCGCGCCGACUCGCAGCUGCGAGGCGCUCUGGAGGCGCAGUUGGAGCAGCUGCGCGCCUCGCACACCACCCAGCUGUCCGGCCUGAGGGACGAGCUCGCCGCGCUACAACGCCAGCACCAGGAGCUGAAGGACACAUACCAGGAGCUGACACUGGCCCGCCAACAACUGCAGGACGACUACGAAAAACUGAAGCGCGAGGAGGCUGACAAGUCCGCCAAAUUGAAGGAGCUCAUCCAAAGCGUGGAGCGUCGCGAACAAGCCCGCGCCGACUUGAAGGGGCUCGAGGACACCGUGGCCAAGGAGCUUCAGACACUGCACAACUUGCGAAAACUCUUCGUGCAAGAUUUACAGGCGAGAAUAAAGAAAUCGACCAACCCCGAGGAAAGCGCGGAGGAGGAGGGCGGAUCUUUGGCCCAGAAGCAGAAGAUCUCGUUCCUCGAAAACAAUCUGGAGCAGCUCACGAAGGUGCACAAGCAAUUGGUGCGCGACAACGCGGAUCUGCGGUGCGAACUGCCAAAGCUCGAGAAACGCCUCCGCGCUACUAUGGAACGCGUUAAAGCCCUCGAGACAGCGCUUAAGGAAGCGAAAGAGGGAGCUAUGCGUGACCGCAAGAGAUACCAAUUCGAAGUUGACAGAAUUAAGGAAGCUGUACGAGCCAAGAAUCUCGCCAGAAGGGGCCCUCAGGCUCAAAUUGCGAAACCCAUCCGAGCUGGAGGCGGGCACAUGGUUAGUGGCGGCGCCCAGGGAGUGGUCAGGCCUGCCCCUGCCCAGGACAUUAAACGAAAAUCCAUUAUCGUUGGCGGACGAGAUGAAAGU